AUGAGGCCGCCACCACCUGCUGCUGCCGGUGGUAGACGAAUAAGAGCACUGAAUGUGGCGGAGAAAAAUUCUGUGGCGCGCGAAAUGUGCAGAGUACUGGGAGGUGGGGUCAUCCCGAAUGGAAACCCACCAGUGAUGAUGGUAGUAACGGCAGUCCGGGGGCAUCUAAUGGGACUUGAUUUCGAACAGGAAUAUCGAGGCCGAUGGGACACGGUUGAUCCGGAGACACUGUAUAAUGCACCUCUUGUUAAGUCAGUUGCUUCGGACAUGGGCCCAGUAGCUGGUAACUUGAGGAGGUUGGCCCGGACGUGCGAUUGGCUCGUGUUAUGGUUGGAUUGUGAUAGAGAAGGAGAGGCGAUUGCUUAUGAGGUUAUUGAAAUAGCGAGAGAGGCUAAUGCGAGGCUGAACGUUUAUCGGGCGAAUUUUUCCGCCCUGACUCACGCUGAUCUCACACGAGCCUGUUUGAAUCUAGCGCGGCCGAAUCCGCAUCUGGCUGCUGCAGUGGAUGCCCGGCAAGAAAUAGAUUUACGAAUAGGAGCGUCAUUUACGCGGUUUCUCACUUUGCGUUAUAAAAGGAGAUUGCCUUUACUCGAGGGAAUACUCUCUUACGGGCCUUGUCAAUUCCCGACUCUGGGGUUCGUCGUGCAACGCUGGCUACUGCAGAGGAAUUUCAUCAGGGAACCUUUUUGGACGAUCAAGUGUACGGUGAGAGUUCCUAUGGUUGAAGUGAAACUCCUUUGGGGUCGCCAUCGAUUAUUCGAUCAUCUCGCUACUACUUUACUCUACGAUAGAUGCUUACAGCAUGUUCGAGAGUCCGGGGGUGGUGUUGUGACACACGUGUCACAUAAUCCGAAGUCUCGUUGGAGACCGCUCCCCUUGAGUACGGUUGAGUUCGCAAAGUUGGCAUCGAGUAAAUUGCGGAUAGACUCACGUCAAGCGAUGAGGAUUGCGGAGGAAUUCUACAUCCUCGAGACCGUGCAGCAGAUACGUGCGGCUGCAUGCAGGGAGGCACUACCAACAGAGUCCACAGAGAGCCCGGUUGCGGUUGCUGAGGGAUCCGCACGAGAAGGCUGUCACAGUCUGCAUUUACUGUCGUCCCACAGCCUGGCUGUGGGACAACAGAAAAUGCAGACUUCGUCGGGUCAAUCCGAGGAUGAUGAGACUCUAGAAGAGUUUCUCGGGUGCCAUGCGAUGAGGACGACACAAUUGAACAAUCACAAUUCUGAUGACAGUGAGCCUCCAGCUGCUGUUCCUGAGGUUCUCAUGUAUGAUUUGACUUUGUAUGAAGCAGACUCCAGCGACCCUUCCAAGAAGUCUACAGUGUCCGUUCUGCCAGACACUGGAGCAGGAAGGAGCUUCGUGAGUCAUGCUUGGUUGAAAAUUAAUAAAUCUGUGGUGCACAACUACAAGCGUACCUGUCAGUCGUUGAAGGUCAAAUGCGCUAAUGGCACUACCUUCCAUACGAAUCGGCAAGUCUUAUUGAAAGUGUCUCGAGAUGGUGUGGCUCAUCCCUGGUGGUUCUUCGUCACUGAUAACCUCUCGCAUGCACUUAUAUGUGGUAUGGACUUCUUGCGUGGACUGCGUUUCACGUUAAAGCUGACACCGCAGGCGCAUGAAGUCGCUACGGUUCAAGAGGGGACUUUGUUCCCAGUGGCUGCCGCCAUAGAGGCCAUCUCUCGUCGCACUGAAGCGACCUUGGCAGACUUCGGCCAGGAUACGGCAGUUUGCACUGCUAAACCCCUCAAGAACGAGGACACCCUAGUCGACAUUGUUCGAGAUGUCGAGGGUUUGCCGAACUCUCACCCGGAGCCGGUCUAG